CCCCCCCUGCCCUUUUCAGAUUUCAACCAAAUUCACAGAAACAUAGAAAGAAAGAAAGAAAGAAAAGAAACUUGCAUCAUAUAUAUGUAUAUAUAUUGACCCAGCAUGAGAGAACAAGAACAAGAACAAGAACACAUCCCUUAUUGAUAUUCAUCUCGGAGAGAACAAGAAGGAUGAAAAAAGAGGAAGAUCAAGGACAGUGUUCAUCAUCUUCUCAAGCCAUCAAUAACAUUCAGAGCUAUCAAGAACAGCUUCUUCUUCACCAAAUGAUGAGGCAGCACCAGCAGCAGCCAAGCGUCGACGUUUUCGGAGGUAAUUCUUCUAAUAACAACAAUAACAAUACCAACAACGAAAGAGGAUUGAUGUUCCCUGAGGUUUCUCCAAUCUUUCAUCCGCCGCCGCCGCCACAGCCGCCAUGGUCUCUCCCUCCUGUUCACUCGUUCAACCCGGUCCGAGACAGCGACCAGCAGUUUUUGGUCCCUCCGCCUUCCUCUUCGCUCUACGCGGGCCUCUUCAACCGGAGGGCUCCUUCUCUGCAGUUCGCUUACGAUGGUCCGUCCAAUUCCGAUCACCACCAUCUCCGGAUCAUCUCCGACACCCUCGGGGUCGGACCCGUAGUGGGUCAACCGGGCUCAGCUCCCUUCGGCCUCCAAGCCGAGCUGGGCAAGAUGACGGCUCAAGAAAUCAUGGACGCCAAGGCCCUCGCUGCUUCAAAGAGCCACAGCGAAGCCGAAAGAAGACGCCGAGAGAGAAUCAACAACCAUCUAGCCAAGCUUCGAAGCUUAUUGCCCAAUACAACCAAAACAGACAAAGCUUCAUUAUUAGCAGAAGUAAUCCAGCAUGUGAAGGAGCUGAAGCGUCAAACUUCAAUAAUAGCAGAAACAAGCCCAGUGCCGACAGAAACCGACGAGUUGACGGUGGACGACGCUUCCGAUGAGGAGGGCAGGUUCGUGAUCAAAGCCUCGCUUUGCUGCGAAGACAGGUCCGAUCUCCUGCCGGACCUCAUCAAGACGUUGAAGGCCCUAAGGUUGAGAACCGUGAAGGCAGAGAUCACCACGCUCGGCGGACGCGUUAAGAACGUCUUGUUCGUCACCGGCGAAGAAGAUGAUCAGUUCAGUGGCGGCGGCGAGGAGCAGGGACAGCAUCAGCAUUGUAUAAGCUCCAUCCAAGAGGCUUUGAAGGCAGUGAUGGAGAAGAAUGGUGGUGGUGAUGAGAAUGGGAAUGUUAAGAGGCAAAGAACUAAUAAUAAUAUCAAUAUCCUCGAACAAAACAGGUCUUUAUGAUUAGGUUUUCGACUU